GGGGCGUGGCCCGGCCGGAUCGGGUCUGUCUUCGCGGCUGGACGCGGGCGCCAUGGAGGAGUAUGCUCGGGAGCCGUGCCCAUGGCGCAUUGUGGAUGAUUGCGGUGGAGCCUUCACCAUGGGUGUCAUCGGUGGCGGAGUCUUCCAAGCCAUCAAAGGCUUCCGCAAUGCCCCCGUCGGAAUUCAGCACCGGUUGAGAGGUAGUGUCAGCGCUGUGAGGAUUCGAGCCCCCCAGAUUGGAGGUAGCUUUGCAGUGUGGGGUGGCCUAUUCUCCACGAUUGACUGUGGCUUGGUGCGGCUGCGGGGCAAGGAGGAUCCCUGGAACUCCAUCACCAGUGGAGCGCUGACUGGUGCUGUGCUGGCAGCCCGCAGUGGCCCACUGGCCAUGGUGGGCUCGGCAAUGAUGGGGGGUAUCCUGUUGGCUCUCAUCGAGGGUGUUGGCAUUCUCCUCACCCGCUACACUGCCCAGCAGUUCCGCAAUGCACCCCCAUUCCUGGAGGACCCCAGCCAGCUGCCCCCCAAGGAGGGUGCCCCGGCCCCAGGCUAUCCCAGCUAUCAGCAGUAUCACUGAGGAAGUGACCGCCUAACGCCACCACCGUGGGAGCCCCUCCUCGGUUCCCUCCCCGAUGAUCUACCUCGAAGGGAGGGCUGGCUCCCAGUUGGCCCCAGGACCCUCCGGAGAGGGUCUCUACUCUGCUCCUUUGUCCCAGGGUGGGGGUGGGGCACCCCAGCUGCCCUGAUGGAUGGGUCCCCUCUUUCUCUCUCAGGGCACCCCAGCCCCACUCUCACAUGUAGCAAGCUCUCACCCCAGCCCCUUUGUGUGGUGUUCUGAAGAGUAUUUAAAGCCAGUUUUGAAAUGCC